AUGGAUGAUGAUUUUAAUUUGUUAAAAGAACGCUAUGCAAAUUGGCCAUGCCCAAUUGAUAAAGCUGUUAUAAAUAAUGCAUUAGCAGAAUUUCAUGAAAGUGUUAACUGUGAUUCACUUGGAGAGCUGUCUUGUGCCAUAUAUUCCGGCCUAUUUUUAUGUAAAAAUUUAGAUAUUAUCGCUACAAAAGAAAUGUGCUUAUCGCUACUUGAAAUUAAUAAAGAAAUGAAAAAUUUAUUAUGUGAAACUGACUUUGCAUAUGGUCAUCAAUAUAUUGAUGAGAGUGGUUACAAAAUAUUAUUGGAUAGGGGUGGAUUUGUAAAAAAAAAUGCAAAGAAUAAUCCGUUUGAUAUUCAAAAAAAG